AUGGCUCCUCCCUUCCGUGCCGAGCACAUGGGCUCGCUCCUGCGGCCGCAGCCCCUCCUGGACGCCCGCGAGGCUAUCCGCGAGGGCAAGACCCCCGAGGAUGCCGGUCUGCCGGCACUGGAGAAGCAGUCGGUGGCGGAUGUGGUCAAAAUCCAGACAGACCUGGGCUUCCGGGCGGUGACGUCGGGCGAGUACAACCGCACGCGGUUCUGGGGCAAGAUGUGGGACGAGUUCGAGGGCACGGUGGCGCUGCAGGAGGCUGACGCCAGCAUGUUCCGGCUGUACCACCCGGACGUGGUGUCGUUGAUUGAGAAGGAGCGCAAGGUCAUGCCCGGCGACAGCGUCAUCGCCGACUCCAAGCUGAGCCACAACGCCGAGAAGAGCAAGAGCAAUCUGCACGAGCUGCAGCUCGUCCAGGCCGCGCUGCCCAAGGAGAAGUGGGCCGACAUCAAGCUGACCAUGAUCACGCCUGCAUGGUUCCACAUGCGCUACAAGCAGGGCAAGGCCUACAAGGAGGGCGUGUACGCGAACGAUGCGGAGUACUUCAAUGACGUGGCCAAGGUGUACCAGGCAGAGCUGGACCUGCUGUACAAGGCUGGUUUAAGGAAUGUGCAGUUUGACGACCCUGGUCUGGCGUACUUCUGCUCCCAAAAGUUCCGCCAAGGCUGGGCCGAGGACAAGGACAACAUCGGCGAGGUGGACGACCUCCUCGACGCGUACAUCAAGCUCUACAACGACAGCAUCUCCAAGGUGCCCGCUGAUAUGCACACGGGCGUGCACCUGUGCCGCGGCAACUUCAUCGGCGGGCGGCACUUUGCCGAGGGCGCGUACGACAUCAUCGCGUCCAAGCUGUUCCGCGACCUCAAGGUCAACACCUUCUACCUGGAGUACGACACGGAGCGGGCGGGCGGCUUCGAGCCGCUCAAGUACCUGCCCAAGGACCGGAACGUGGUGGUGGGCGUGAUCAGCACCAAGCUGCGCGAGCUCGAGGACAAGGAGGAGAUGAAGAAGCGCAUUUACAAGGCGGCCGAGUACGUGGCCGAGGGCACCGGGCAGACCAAGGAGGAGGCUCUCAAGCAGAUCGCCGUCAGCCCGCAAUGCGGCUUCAGCACGCACGAGAGCGGCUACCCUCUGAGCCUGGAGGACGAGAAGAAGAAGCUAGCCCUGGUUAGGUCGAUUGCCGACGAGAUCUGGGGCGAGCCGUAA